AUGUCAAGUUGUCAUAGCAAAGACCUCGGGGGCAGCUCAGGCGGUAGAGUGGUCAUCUACCAACUGGAAGACCUACCUGUGGUACCAGUGCGCCCUGGAGAUGAUGUCAUUCUGCCAUGUCAGGCUGCUGAUCCCUUCAUCAGAGCUGUAGAGUGGACCAGAGCUGACCUAAAGACAGAUAACGUCCUCUUAUACAGAGAUGGAUACCUGGAUCCAACCUACCAGCAUCCAAACUUUAAGGACAGGGUGGAGCUGGUGGACAGAGAUCUGAAGGACGGAGACGUGUCUUUAAUUCUGAAGAAUGUGAACAUUAACGACACUGGAAAAUACAAGUGUCGAGUUAAAACCAAUGAUAGUGACCCAAUCAUAAUCAUCCGUCUGCAGGUUACAGAGCCAGACCUGAUUGUAGUAACAGUGCAUCCUGGAGAUGAUGCCAUUCUGCCAUGUCAGGCUGCUGAUUCUUCCAUCAUAUUUGUAGAGUGGAGCAGACCUGACCUGGAGCCAGAUAACAUCCUCUAUUACAGAAAUGAAAACUGGAAUACAACCUACCAGCAUCCAGACUAUAAGGACAGGGUGGAGCUGGUGGACAGAGAUCUGAAGGACAGAGACGCGUCUUUAAUUCUGAAGAAUGUGAGCAGACAUGACACUGAAACAUACAAGUGUCUAGUUAAAACCAUUCGUUCAGGACGUCCAAAGGGAGACACUGACUCUUACCAAAUCAGAACCAUCCGUCUGCAGGUUACAGACCUGAUGGAGGUAACAGUGGACCCUGGAGAUGAUGUCAUUCUACCAUGUCAGGCUGCUGGUUCCUCCAUCAGAGCUGUAAAGUGGACCAGACCUGACCUGGAGCCAGACUAUGUCCUCUAUUACAGAGAUGGACACCUGGAUCCAACCUACCAGCAUCCAUCCUUUAAGGACAGGGUGGAGCUGGUGGACAGAGAUCUGAAGGACGGAGACGCGUCUUUAAUUCUGAAGAAUGUGAUCAGCAACGACGCUGGAACAUACGAGUGUCGAGUUGAAACUGAUGGUUCAACACGUCAAAACAGAGGCAUUGAGCCAAUCAGAAUCAUCCGUCUGCAGGUUCCAGAUUCCAAAGGAAACUUUCUUAUAUACGUUGCAGUGGCGGCAGGUGUUGGUCUGAUUUUUCUAACUGUUGCAGUAGUUGGUGUCCUGAUAUAUAAAAGAUGUAAUAACAGGAGAUCAGAACAACCUGCUGCUGCUGCUGCUGCUGAUGAAGCUUCUGCCGAUCAGCUCCUCGACAACUCCCAGAGCUCUUUACAGCUGACUGGUUUCUCAUGUCAUGUAUGUAUAAAAUGAUUUUCAUUACUUCUGUGGGUGUGAGGUCAUAUGCAGAUUUGCUAUGUGGUAUUACAUGGCUACCUACCAAAUAAAUCAAUAAUUUGACACAAAAUGUUGAUUUAAAAAGGAGUUUAUUUAUUUAAAAACGAUUGUAUUGCUUGCGCUAAAGAAAAUAGUCCGUUCCAUCUCUAUGGUAGGAAUCCUGCGUCCAUAGCAACGUUAACUAUGUUAACUAUGCCAGAUCUGCUGUCAUUGCUUGAAUUGGAGGACAGAAGUUGCUCCAUGUUUCCCCACUUUUUGCCACAGUUGAUAAAUUAUCCGGACAUCUUUCAGCGGAUUGAUUGAUUGAUAGCUCUCCUCCAGAGUGAACAGAACUGUAUCCAUGGCAACACUCUGCUUUUGCAUGGCAACGGUGUGUUAUCCUUAGCAGCGGUCUGUUAUCGAGAAAUAACAGACCGCAUUCUACGUUAGAAUUCAACCAUGCUAUGUAAUAAUAUAAUAUAAUAAAUGCAUUAUGGUAAAGUCCAUCACUGCCUUUAGAGAACUAGAACAUUUUACUUGAGUAAAAGUACUGUUGCCUGGGGCGACCUCUAGCUCACCCGGUAAGAGCGUUCACAG